AUGCAAUGUGUACAAUCAGUUUCUUACUCAGUUGUUGUGAAUGGGAGGCCAGGGAAGAAAUUUUAUCCUUCAAGAGGAUUGAGGCAGGGUGAUCCUCUAUCCCCAUAUUUGUUCUUAAUCUGUGUAGAAGGACUAAGCCAGAUGGCUACUUUGAAUGAGUGGAGGAGUAUGUAUGAGAUCCUUGAAGGUUAUGAGAAGGCCUCGGGGCAGAAACUUAAUAAGCAGAAGACCUCUAUUUUUUUCAGCACCAAUACAAAGGAGAAUGUAAAGAGUGAAAUCUAUAAAGAGGCAGGGUCCUAUAUCUGUGACAGAUAUGAGAAAUAUCUUGGUUUGCCUGCGAUAGUUGGAAGAUCAAAGUAUAAUGCUUUGAGGGGACUUAAAGAGAGAGUAUGGAAGAGGAUUCAAAAUUGGAAGAAUGGCUUCUUGUCAAAAGUUGGGAAGGAAAUUUUGAUUAAGGCUGUGUUGCAAGCCAUUCCUACAUACACGAUGAGUGUUUUCAAACUACCUCAGAGAUUGUGUGGUGAGAUUGAACAACUUUUUUCUAAAUUCUGGUAG